UGGGGACGCAGAUUGAUGGCGGGUCCCACGUCGUGGGGCACGUCGGAUGGGAUGUCAAAUUCUGGAGUCCCCUUGUCAUGUCUCGCUAGGAGGCACUAUGCCCAUCUUAUAUCUUCGUGUGCUGUCCCGCGGAGCAGUGUAAGAGACCGAUUCUGCGCAGUUGGAACUCCUCCUCCAUUAUCGGGGCCGAGUUCCAGAGAGAAGAAGAUGGCUUCCAGGGCUUCUCUUUUUAAGGUAAUACUGGGGUCGUCGUCGGCGUCUCGCCGACGAAUACUGGCCGAGAUGGGAUACAAGUUCACGGUCAUGGGUGCAGACAUCGACGAGAAGGAGAUACGGAGGGAGAAGCCGGAGGAGCUGGUGAUGGCCCUGGCGGAAGCUAAGGCGGAUGCCAUUGUAACAAGGCUUCGCAGCAAUGGUUUUAAAGAAGAUCAUACUGACCCGACCCUUUUGAUAACUGCCGAUCAAGUUGUCGUCCAUGGAGGGAUGAUUAGAGAGAAGCCAUCUGGUGCAGAAGAAGCACGUGAAUUUAUUAAAGGUCUCUUUGAGAGGGUUUUUUUUUUCUUUUUCACUAAGAAGCUUAUUCUGAUGCAGCCUUCAUUCGCACUGUUGUAUGGGAUGCAAUUUUCAGGGUAUUCUGGGGGUCAUGCAUCGACGGUGGGAUCUGUACUUGUCACAAACCUCAAGACAGGAGCAAGAAAAGGAGGAUGGGAUAAAGCUGAAGUUUAUUUUCACAAAAUACCAGAAGAGGUCAUAGAGAGUCUGAUCAAGGAGGGGGAUGUGCUCUAUGUUGCUGGUGGCCUGAUGGUGGAAAAUCCACUAACUUCGCCUUUUGUGGAGGCAAUAGUAGGAACAAUUGACAGCAUAAUGGGACUUCCAAAGGCUCUAACAGAAAAGCUUAUUCAGGAGGCCCUUGAGUAGGCAAAGUUAUCUAAAAAAUCUUCCAGCUAAUGACUUCAGUUUUUGGUGGCCUUAUGUCACUCAAUAUGCAAUGUUAGUUCAGGUAGACAGGCACUGAGAAACUUGCAGAAAAUUGAUUGUUAAGAUUUUUAUUGUCACCAGCAAUGGAACACUCAUCAUUUUAUAUUGGUCUAUGUUGCAACCCCUUAAUCGAUGCUGAAGAUUUUCAUAGUAUU